AUGAGUUCACUAAGCUACUCUCCUCCUGACAAAGAAGAGGAGGUCUGCUGGACGGAGAAAGAAGGUCUGGGGCUGAACAUUGUCGUGAAAGAGGAGAAGGAAGAGGAGGAUGUUACAAUACAAAAACAAGUAGAGGGUGAGGCUUUUACCGUGAAACAAGAAGAGAAAGGCGUUUCAGUGAAAGAAGAGGAAGACGCGUUCAGAGUGAAAGAGGAGGAGGAUGUUACAGUAAAAGAAGAGGAGGAAGAGAAAGAGGAGGAUGCAGUUUUUGGAGUGAAAGAGGAGGAGGGGGAGAUGACUGUCACAUCGAAAAAGGAGGAGGAAACUGGAUAUCUGGGCCCGGUUUCCCAAACGCAUCUUAAGGCAUCCAAUGGUUCUAACGAUGAAGUUAGCCAUAAGAUGGUUUUGAAAAACCGUUCCCUGAUUAACACUAGAGAGAGACGUGACUCUUGUGGAUCCUCCGGGGAGCCUCAACAACAUCAUGAAGCUGACGAGGCAGAGAAGAGUCUCUCCACAUCAGAACACCUCAAGAAACACCAGCAGAGACCCACAGGGAAGAAACAUCACCACUGCUCUGACUUUAGAAAGAGUUACUCAAGAUCAUAUUCACUAAAAGUACACCAGAGAAUUCACACAGGAGAGAGAACAUAUCGCUGUAAUCAAUGUGGAAAGAGGUUUGCUCACUUAAAAACACUGGUAUUACACCUGAGAAUACACACUGGGGAGAAAUGUCACAGCUGCUCUGAUUGUGGGAAGAGGUGCACCUCUUUAGUAACACUUAAAAUACAUCAAAGAAUCCAUACAGGAGAGAAACCUUAUAGCUGCUCUGACUGCGGGAAGAGGUUUUUUUGGUCAGGACAUUUAAAAUCACACCAGAGAAUACACACGGGAGAGAAACCUUAUAGCUGUGACCAAUGUGGGAAGAGUUUUACUCAGUCAAACAACCUGAUAUCACACCAGAGAACACACACAGGUGAGAAGCCUUACCACUGCUCUGACUGCGGGAAGAGUUUCUCAAGAACAGAUACACUAAAAGUACACCAGAGAAUCCAUACAGGAGAGAAACGUUAUUGCUGCUCUGACUGUGGGAGGAGAUUUUUUUGGUCAGGACAUUUAAAAUCACACCAGAGAAGACACACCGGAGAGAAGCCUUAUAGCUGUGAUCAAUGUGGGAAGACUUUUACUCAGUCAAGCAACCUGAUAGCACACCGGAAAACACACACAAGAGAGAAAUGUCACAGCUGCUCUGAUUGUGGGAAGAGAUGUACCUCUUUAGUAACCCUUAAAAUACAUGAGAGAAUCCAUACAGGAGCGAAAUGUUAUAGCUGUGACCAAUGUGGGAAGAGUUUUACUCAGUCAAACAACCUGAUAUCACACCAGAGAACGCAUACAGGGGAGAAGCCUUACCACUGUUCUGACUGCGGGAAGAGUUUCUCCAGAUCAGAUUCUCUAAAAAGACACCAGAGAACACACACAGGAGAGAAAUCUCAUAGCUGUGAUCAAUGUGACAAGAGAUACUCUGAUAAAAGAUCACUGAUUAAACAUCAGAAAAUUCAUACAUGAAGGAGUUGUUCCAUGAUAUCGAUGAAAUGAUGUCACAAUAUAGAAUGUUUUAACAUUGUAGUAGGAGUAUUCUAAUGAUGUCACAAUGUAGAAUGUUUUAACAUUAUAGUAGGAGUAUUUUAAUGAUGUCACAAUGUAGAAUGUUUUAACAUUGUAGUAGGAAUAUUCUAAUGAUGUCACAAUGUAGAAUGUUUUAACAUUGUAGUAGGAGUAUUCUAAUGAUGUCAUAAUGUAGAUAUGACAUACAUGAUAUCAAUGAUAUAAUAAUGAGUAUUUGAAUGAUGUUCUAUUGAUUUCAGUGUAACAUGGAUAUUAAAUAGCCUGAUAGCCUCAUCAGGGGAAAAAUCCAGGUUCUGAAUUGAAAGAUGACUAUUUAACAACAAAAGGUGUUGCGUUCACACUUACCGCGUUGGUGACCCACUUGAAUUAAAAUGCAACACAUCAACAUGUAGCUGUUUGCUACUCAUUGUUGUUUAACUGGUGAUGUACAUAUUAUUCACAGAUUCCAUGUGGUUUUUGAUCUGUUAGUUUUAACAGGACGUC